AUGCACAGAAACCUUGCACAACACACAAAUAUCAAACGAGAAAGCUCAACUUUCUGGAUGAGAAGCAUCGAGCAAAAUGGCCAAAGUCCAUUUGCCCCGACGGGCUAUCAAGUGUGGAGAAAUGGUAUGGAUUACGGUGCUGCAGGUGAUGGUUUGACAGACGAUACCGCAGCUAUCAAUGCAAGCAAUAUCAUAUGCUCUCCAAUUAUUCAAUACUACAACACCGAGAUACUGGGAGAUCCUACCGACCUGCCAAUGAUUAUUGCUGCAUCAAGUUUUGUUGGACUUGGUGUUAUUACGUCUGACGUCUACAUUGGAACUACGGAAGGCUGGAGUAUCAAGAACUUCAUAAUGGAUAUAACUCGUACUCAACUGAAUGCUCAGGUCUGCGCUAUACAUUGGCAGGUUGCCCAGGGAACAUCACUGGAAAACAUUCAUUUUGUCAUGUCAUCUGAGGAGGGUUCGACUCAGCAAGGAAUAUAUAUGGAAAAUGGUUCUGGAGGCUGGCUAUCUGAUUUAACAUUUGUCGGUGGCAUGUUCGGUGCAUAUUUUGAUCUCAUGGGACUGGGCCUGGACCAUGCAAGGAUAAAUAUCAAAAACUGUGGAACUGGAAUUAAUGUCCUUGGAGAGGCAGGAGGCUCUCUAGGAACAUCCAAAAAUGUCGGAUCUUUGACCUUACUAGAUCUUGUCAUCGAGAACACACCAAUUGGAAUCGAGACCUCUCUCUUUUCCACGAAUUCAACCUCAUUAUUGAUCGAGAAUGCCUAUCUUAACAAUGUCUCAAAGGUCGUCACAAACAAUCAAAAUGCCCACACAUUACUAGCUGGCAGCUCCGACGUCACUACCAUUGAUUCGUGGAGAUUUGAUGUGACAACUUAUGGGGCAGUAGGAGAUGGACAAACAGACGAUACAGCUGCCUUAAACUCUAUUUUUGCCUUCGCGGCCAACAUGUCCUCGAUAGUUUUCAUACCUUUCGGAGUGUACAAGAUCUUCGACACAGUGCAUAUACCAGUCGGGUCGAGAAUUGUUGGGCAGGCUUGGGGUCAAAUUAUGGCCACAGGAGACAAGUUUCAAGACAUCAAUAAUCCAAGAGUUGCUGUACAAGUGGGAAAUUCCGGAGAUAUAGGUGUCAUAGAAAUUCAAGACAUGAUGUUCACCGUUUCCGGUCCAACUGCCGGUGCGAUAUUGGUUGAAUGGAAUGUUCAUGAGAUUAUCCAGGGAUCUGUGGGCAUGUGGGUUACGUGUGUCUACUAUGUUAUCAUUUUUAUACUAACUUCUCCAGAUACUCACAUUCGCGUUGGCGGUGCAAUUGGCAGUGAUCUCCAACUAGCAGAUUGUCCAAAGCUAUCAGGAGAGAUCAAUUCUCAAUGCGUGGCGGCAUCACUUCUGUUCCAUAUGACACCAAAGUCAUCUGGGUAUAUCGAGAACUCGUGGAUGUGGGUUGCAGAUCACGAUAUGGAUGUCGUUACCCAGGAUCUGAUCGAUGUCUAUUCAGGUCGUGGACUUUUAAUCGAAAGUCAAGGACCAACCUGGCUAUACGGCACCGCAGUUGAACAUAACGUUUUAUAUCAAUAUCAGGUUUCCGGGGCAAAGGACAUAUUGAUGGGUGUAAUUCAAACAGAAUCACCAUAUUUUCAAGUCGCCUCCGCUGCACCAAAUCCUUUUACUUCAAGUCUGGGUCUCUUCGCCAAUGACCCAACGUUUGGUGACUGCAAGCCAGGUUCUCUGAGCUGUGCAGUGUCAUGGGCUAUUAGAAUAAUUGACUCUGUCAGUAUUUAUGUCUUGGGUGCGGGCUUGUACAGUUGGUUUCAGCAAUAUGAACAAACCUGUCUUGCUACCGAAAGUUGCCAAGACCGAAUCUUUAGUGUAGAGCAGAGUACAGAGAUCUGGGUUUACAAUCUAGUCACAAAAGGCUCAACUGAAAUGGUCAGUCCAGUCAAUGGAGUGGCCACGUUCUCCUUGCCCAAUCAAGGUGGCACCGUAGCUUCACUACUAGCUUGGCUUGAGGGGCAGAUCAAACCAUCGGGAUUCGAACCUUCACCGGGUGCCCCUCCAGCGAUGCUAGGUGGAUUUAUUUGGCAAGGUUACAACGAGACUUGCUUGAAAGAUCCCGCGAGUGGACAUUAUUGCAAUGCGCCUCAAAAUGAUGCAGUCAUCUCAAUAUUCAGCUUACGCCGGAACAUAUUCAUCAAUCCUAGCUUAUGUUGCGAAGCUUGCAGCUUAGGAUCUUCAACAGAUAUCUUGCCUCCACUGAUCGAUGAAACACCAUCUCAGGCUUCUCCUUGCGUAUUGGGAAAUUACUAUACAACAAGCGCUGGAGACACAUGCGACACAAUCUCACUAGCUCAUAAUGUAUCCUCUGCGUCUCUUUUCAUUGGAAAUGCAGCCAUCACAAAUCGCGCCAAUAUCAUCCCUGCAACGAAUUUAUGUCUUCCCAUACAAUGUCAACGCACAUACAACCUCCAGCACAACGAUGUAUGCGGAUCUCUAGAAUCUACCUAUAAUCUUGGACCAUUUGGUCUCCCUGGCUUCAAUCCCUGGAUAACUUUUGAUUGUACUGGACUCCAGCAGAGCUCCACAGUAUACGGUACCAUUCUCUGUCUUUCACCACCAGGUGGAACUUAUAAUCCAACAGUAACCAGUGGGCACAACACCAAUCCAUUUAACAAACGAUCCGUACUCUACUUCCCGUCAAGAUCCCCUGUGAGUUCUACUAUCGCCAAUAGAACUACCCUCAAUUGCGGCGUGUGGUACACAGUAGCCCCUGGUGACGAUUGCCCGAUUCUCAGUAUCUUCUUCGGUCUCACCGCGGGACUACUGAUGCAAAUCAACCCUUCAUUACCAAGUCAAAACUGCAGCUAUGGUAUUAUGGCCAACAUUACAUACUGUAUAUCUCCUCUAUGGGCCUGGGAUACGACACCAAUAGAAUCUGACACUAUGGAUGCAGCGGCAUACGCUGGAGCCUCUGCUGCAGCCUCUGUUUCUUGGUUAGCUUCUUGGUCUGCAGCUCAAAGUGCAGCUCAGACCACCAUGGAGAGUUCUGCACCAACGAGCUCCUAA